AUGCUGGUUCAUACUUACUCCGCGAUGGACCGUCCCGAUGGGCUGAACGGCGCGGCUGGCGGGGGGCGCCUGUCGCAGCUCUCGUCUCUCAGCCAGGCGGCCUUCUCGGCGGCGGCGGCGCCUCCUCUGUGCCACACGCCUGCCUCGGACUUCCAGCCGCCCUACUUUCCGCCACCCUACCCUCAGCCGCCUCUGCCCUACGGUCAGACCCAAGAGACGGCUUUCCCCCACCUCGGCGAGCCUUACAGCGGCCUUGGAUCGCUCCACCAGCACCCGCACCCGCACCAGCACCAGCAGCCGGCCUGGCCCUCCCCCCGAGGCGGCCGCCAGGACGAGCAAGGCCUCCUGGCUCAGACUCACCGGGCCCUGGGCCUGGACCCUCGCCGGGAUUACCCAGGCGUUCCCCGCCUUUUGCACGGUCUGCCGGACGGAGCGCACGGCCUGGCCGACGGGCCGCUUGGCCUCCACGGACUGGCGGCACAUCACGGCUUGGAGGAUCUCCAGGUAAGGGCCCAGCAGGACCGAAUGGGUAGGGAGGAAACCCGAGAGAUCCAAUCCCGACCCAAAGUGGAAGAAGAGGGCCCUCAGUCCUCUUCCUCUCAGUCCUUUCCCCCUCUGUCGAGCCCGCAGCUCCUCGACCGCUCUGGGUUAAUGAUCUUCCCGCGGCUGCCCAGCCGGAACGGAUCACUCUCUGAGUACUUAGACAAGCUGGAGCAUGUCCAGAAGGGGGCAAAGAGGAUGAUGAGAGGACUGGAGAACAUACCUGAUGAGGAUCUAGUGAAGGAAGUGCCCAUCCCCUCCAAAGCCAAUGGCAGUGCUAUCUCUGCCCUGUCCUUGAAUAAGGAUAGCCUGGUCAGCAGUGUGGUCGCCAACCCCAAUGAAGUCUUCUGCUCUGUACCUGGCCGCCUCUCCCUGCUCAGCUCCACUUCUAAGUACAAGGUCACCGUGGGAGAAGUACAGAGAAGGCUUUCACCCCCAGAGUGUCUCAAUGCCUCUCUCCUUGGGGGUGUCUUGCGAAGGGCCAAGUCAAAAAACGGAGGUCGAUGCCUUCGGGAGCGACUGGAGAAGAUCGGCCUCAACUUGCCGGCUGGGCGUCGGAAAGCGGCCAAUGUGACUCUGCUCACUUCCCUGGUGGAGGGAGAGGCUGUACACCUCGCCAGAGAUUUUGGCUACGUGUGUGAGACAGAGUUCCCUGCCAAGGCAGCAGCGGAGUACUUAUGCCGGCAACACGCAGACCCUGCAGAACUGCACAGUCGGAAGAACAUGCUGCUGGCCACUAAGUGA